CUCUCUCUCUCUCUCUCUCUCUCUCUCUCUCUCUCUCUCCUGUCUAUUUGUCUGUCGUCUCUAACUAUUUCUUCUUCUUCUUCAAAAUGGCGAUUUUCAAUCGAGUUACAUGGUUGUUAGUGUUCUUGUUGUGCUGCUGGAGGAACGGAAUGGUCGACGGAACUCAUGUUGUGUAUCAUGAACUCAUGUCGACGUCGGUCCCCUCCAUCGUCGUCGAUAACCAAUACAGGACCGGCUAUCACUUCCAACCACCAAAGAACUGGAUCAAUGAUCCUAAUGGUCCGAUGUAUUACAACGGAGUCUACCACUUAUUUUAUCAGUACAACCCCAAAGGCGCGGUAUGGGGCAACAUAGUAUGGGCUCACUCAGUCUCAAAGGACUUGAUCAAUUGGAUCCCACUCGAACCUGCAAUCUACCCAUCCAAACCGUUCGACAUUAAUGGGUGCUGGUCCGGAUCCGCUACUAUCUUACCGGGUAACAAACCCGCUAUCCUCUACACGGGCAUCGACCCCCAAAACCGUCAAGUCCAAAACGUUGCGUACCCGAAGAACUUGUCAGAUCCUUAUCUCCGAGAAUGGGUCAAACCCGAUUACAACCCGAUAAUAGAGCCGACUAACGGGCUCAAUGCUAGCUCGUUCAGAGACCCGACAACGGCGUGGUACGGCCUUGAUGGGCGCUGGAGGAUAGUAAUUGGGAGCAAAAGGAAACACAGAGGCAUGGCUAUUUUGUAUAGAAGUAAGGAUUUUGUACAUUGGGUCCGCGCGAAGCACCCGUUACACUCCGCUAACGGAACGGGCAUGUGGGAGUGUCCGGAUUUCUACCCGGUAGCGAUGGGGGGAGAAUUAGGAGUAGAUACGUCAGAAUACGGUAGUGGACUAAAAUACGUGCUGAAAAAUAGUUUGGAUAUUACGCGAUACGAGUAUUAUACGCUUGGAACGUAUAAUCGUAAUGUAGAUAAAUACAUACCAGAUGGCGCAUCGGCAGAUAACAGGUCGGGUUUAAGGUAUGAUUACGGUAAUUUUUACGCGUCGAAGACGUUUUACGAUCAAGGGAAAAAGAGGAGGAUUUUGUGGGGUUGGUCUAACGAGUCCGAUAGUACACGAGACGAUGUAAGCAAGGGUUGGGCUGGGAUCCAGACUAUACCUAGAAAAGUUUGGCUUGACAGCAACGGCCGGCAACUCCUUCAGUGGCCGGUGGAGGAGCUCGAGUCAAUAAGAGGGAAGCAAGUUUACAUGAUGAACAAGAAAGUUAAGGGCGGAGACUUUGUCGAAGUUUCAGGAAUAAUGACCGCGCAGAGUGACGUGGAGGUGACGUUCGAAUUGUCAAGCCUUGCGAAGGCUGAGCCAUUUGAUCCCACGUGGACCGAUCCUCAGAAGCUAUGUGCACAAAAGGGUGCGGAUGUAAAGGGUGGGGUCGGACCUUUUGGGCUGUUGACUUUGGCCUCAGCCAGAAGAGAGGAGCAAACUGCUGUUUUCUUUCGAAUUUUCAAAGCUUCAGACAACUACGUGACUCUCAUGUGCCAUGACCCAUCAAGGUCAUCAGUAAGGCCUGGACUAUACAAACCAACUUAUGGAGGAUGGGUUGAUGUAGAGAUCAAGAAAAAGGGGAAGAUUUCUCUAAGGAGCCUGAUUGAUCACUCUGUGGUGGAGAGUUUUGGUGCUGAAGGCAAAACUUGCAUGACAUCAAGAGUUUAUCCGAGCAUCGCAGUAGGGGACGCAGCACAUUUGUUCGUGUUCAAUAAUGGAGCAGAAGAUGUGAAGAUCACAGAGAUGAAGGCAUGGGAAAUGAAGAAGCCUUUGAUGAAUGGGGACUAAGACCGGAUUAAUUUAAAUUUAUGAGAUGCGUGAAUUUAUGAUCUUAGGUUCUUUUUUUUAUAAAUAUUUCCGGCCAUUUAGCAAAGAAUAAUGUCCUGUUUGGAUGGAGGGUAGAGAGGGGGAGGGGAAGAGAAAUGUAGCUUUCAUCUUGUUUGAGAGUUUUUUUAAGGAGGGUAGAGAGGAGGAAGGAAGUGGAAAGGAGGGUAAAAUUGUUUGGUUUUAUUUUCCCCCCGAUUUGGGCGGUAGAGGAGGGUAAAGGAGGGUAAAUGGGUGUAAUGACAUUCUUACCCCCAUC